UGAUCAAUUUAAACUUUAUAUCAUAUUAGUUUUGGCAUCAAGAGUCUGAUUUUUCAGCCUCUAGGCUCUCCUUGCAUCCAUCUUUUGGUCCCUCGGCCCUCUUCGCACAAGAAUCAAGGGACAAAAGAUGGGUGCAUGCUGCUCGUGUCACCGAGUCGGCAGAUUUGAAGGCUGCCCUAUUGAGGAGGAAGCCAAACCUAGAGAGGUCGAUGACGACAAUAUUAUCUUAACUGGCGAGGGAGGAGCCCGCGUCCGCCUCCAAGGAUCCUCUAAAUACGUCGCCAUGCACACCCAACAAGGAAAAAAAGGCUACAAUCAAGAUGCCAUGACCGUUUGGGAGAACUUUGCCGGCGAUAAAGAGGCGGUCUUGUGCUCGAUAUUCGAUGGACACGGCCCCAAUGGACACAUGGUUUCGCGCUACGUUCGUGAUUAUCUACCGGCAAAGAUCACAAAAUGUUACCAACAGUCGAGAUCUUACAAGAUGGACCCUGAAAGUGAUCAAGUUUGUGAUGAAAAUCACCCAUAUAACCUAUUUUGGAAAGAUAGGUUGGUGAAAUGUUUCCAUGAAAUGGAUGAGGAGCUUGAAUCAGAUGCUCCAGUUGAUAGCUAUUCAAGCGGCACCACAUCCGUUACUGUACUUAAAAAGGGCCGGAACUUGGUAGUUGCGAACUUGGGCGAUUCGCGUGCCAUCCUAUGCACAAGGGACUCCAACAAUGAACUUGUUGCUCAACAACUCUCAGUUGAUCUCAAACCUAAUCUUCCAGCCGAAAAGGCGAGAAUUACAAGCCAUAGAGGCAGAGUUUUGCCAAUGAAGGAAGAGCCAAAUGUCCACAGAAUAUGGAUGCCUGAUCAAGAUUGCCCUGGACUCGCCAUGGCCCGAGCCUUCGGAGACUUUUGCUUAAAAGACUACGGUCUCAUCUCCACCCCUGAUAUCACCUAUCGACGCAUUUCCGACCGCGACGAGUUCGUCGUCUUGGCCACCGACGGGAUAUGGGACGUCCUAUCGAACUCGGACGUGAUCAAGAUCGUGUCGUCAGCAAGGAAGCGGUCGAUGGCUGCGAAGUUGCUGAUCGACGAGGCGCAGAGGGCGUGGAGGCACAAAUUCCCGUGCGCGAAGACGGACGACUGCGCGGCGAUCUGCCUGUUCUUCAAGCGGCCGCGGCCGCUGCUGACGAAGUCGAUAUCGGAAGUGACUCACCUGAGCUUGAACUACAAGGACCACGUGGUGAGCAACAGCGGGCACGACCACGAGCUCGAGACGGUGCUGAACUGCGAUAUGGAAGAGGCCGGCGAAGAGGCGCAAAAGCCGGCCGGCAAGAAUCCGCAGAGGAGGAGGAGGAGGUCAUCUCGGAAAAUCGAAUUCGCUGGGCAGUGACAUACAAUUAAAACAUGGUUUCCUUCCUUUUUGUUUUUGCGUUGGUAGUAGCAUUAGUCAAUCACUAAUUAAAGGUGUGAAUCAAUAAUAUAUUUUGUUUUUGGCUAAUUUCACAUUAAUAAGAAUGGUCAAUUUUGAACUC